UUGAUAUUUCCAAUUUCAACUAUAACCCUCACAUUUGACAGCCUACCCAUUGCCCAUAAGCAAGAGCCAUGAAAACCCCAAACCGAAAAUUCGCAAUGAACACCAAAUAAAGCCUUCUCCAAUGGCGUCACAUAUGGCAAACUAUCAAUUCCCUCUAAGACCACCAAGAAAGUUACAUUCUUGUCAUGUUCAGAGCUGCAGCUUCAACAAUCAAGGACCAGCUCAACACUCAACUGGGUUACAGUUUAUUUGCAGGAAGAAGCUUCUUAGUGAUCUCAGCACAUGGGGCAUUGGAGGCCCUUGUAAUUACUUCGUUCAAGUCUUUAACCAAACCCAACUUGUUUCGGCUGUCAGGUAUUGUAAUGAGCAAUCUAUGAGAUUUAUGAUCUUGGGUAAAGGCUCAAAUUGUCUGUUUGAUGACAUGGGUUUUGAUGGUUGCGUAAUUCUCAAUCGAAUUGACUUCUUGGAGAAGAUUGAAUCUGGAGUAUACCGGGUCGGAAGUGGGUACCCAUUUAAUCGCUUGGGAGUUGUGUCUGCAAAUGAAGGGUUUUCGGGGCUUGAAUUUGCUGCUGGUGUUCCUGGAACGGUUGGUGGAGCUGCUUACAUGAAUGCCGGAGCAAAUGGGCAGGAAACAGCUGCUGCUAUUGAUAGCAUAGAUAUCAUCACAAAUGAAGGCGAAUCUAGGAUGCUGAAAAGAAGAGCGCUAAAUUUUGGCUAUAGAUCAUCACCAUUUCAAGAAAUGAGAGACUUGGGAUCCAUUACUGCAGUUACAUUCCGGCUAAAGUUCUCCAAAACUGCACGAGAAAUGCAGCAAGCAUACUUGGCUAGAAAAUGGAGGACACAACCUUUGGGGGAGAGAAGUGCUGGUUCAGUUUUCCGAAAUCCAUCUUCCAUGGGUGUUUCUGCUGCAGAAUUGAUAGAGAAAACUGGGUUGAAAGGGUUGAGAGUUGGUGGAGCCAUGGUCUCAAACAAGCAUGCCAACUUUUUCAUAAAUUGUGGCUCUGCAACUUCUCAAGACAUGCUUGAGCUCAUAGGAUUAGUCAAGGAUGCAGUAAAUCAAAAGUUUGGAGUGGAACUAAAGGAAGAAAUAUUGUGCAUUCAUCCAUCUUAGAAACAAGUUAUUGAAACAGUUAGAGCUUUGGUGAUGCAGUGAGUAAGAAUUCCAACAGGGCAAAACAGCAAGCACAGAGACACAGAAUGGCGGGUUUCAAUAUCAUUCUGCAAUCCAUCAUGAUAAACCUGCCUGUUUCAAGUGAAAUACUCUAGUUAGAUGUCUAACAGUGGCAUCCUCCUCUUAUUGUCCCAAAAAGUAAGCAAAAGGGGCAUAGCCCAACAAAGAUAAGACGCCUAGAGAUUGACCUUGCAGCAAAAAGAUCCAUGGCCAACAGAUGAAUCCAUGCAGAAGCUAACGUUACUUCAUUGGAGAACAUCUUAGCUAUACCAGACAGCUGAAUGAAAGGAAGUGUUAAGAUCCCAACCAUGCAAUUUGUACAAAUUAUUAUGUGGUUGAACACAGACCUCUGGAAGCCAGUAUUUACUAGCAAACAUCAGCCGAAUUGUAUCUGGUGUCCAGGAGAGGUAUAAUAGAUAUGCGUAUAGAAGUCCAAGCACAAUGUAGGGUAUGCUGCUUUUCAUCGCU